AACACGAAAAGUUUUCAGCCAAAAAAAGAUUGUAAUAAGUCAAAUUUUACACAAAACUAGAAAAUCAUCCUUGUAAAUAAGUGUUUUUAAUCAGUUAUAUAUAGUUUUCGUGUGCCCUAUUCAAUGGUUAUAUUGUUUUCUUCUUAUUUGAAGCUAACAGCAUAAGCUGCAAUGAUCUCACCGGAACAAGAAGAGGUCAAUAUGGUCCUGGAUCGCCAUGUGCGCCAAAAUAUCCAGGACAUGAUGCACGAGGCUCAUGUACAGGCGAGCUUGCUAGAGAGCGAAGCUGCAGGUCGCGACCGCUUUCAUUCCGACUCAAGCUUAGAUCAGGAUUCCCUUCACGCCGACGACUCCAUGGCCGUCAUAUGUGACACCCUGUCCGCCGAUGGCAUCGUGGAGGAGGACCUGACCCACGAGCAGGGCGGUGUCGAUGGCAGCGAGGUGCAAAACUACCAUGACAUGAUGGUGGACACGGACUAUUACAUGGACAUCAAUGGAUCGUUGCGCAAGCGCAGGGUGAUUUUGACGAAGCACUCGGCUGAGAUCUUGAAACAUUGGCUCUACGAGCACUGCUACAACGCAUAUCCCAGCGAUGCAGAGAAGCUUACACUCUCCCAGGAGGCGAAUCUGACGGUUCCAUGUUCAACUUCCAUCGCUACGACAACCUCAAGCAUCUGUCCAACAAAAAGGAUCCGCGAAAGCACCGCUACGAGACCAAGGGUCUGUCCAUGGUGAAUCUGCUCUUUUCAGCUGCCAGCGGAGAUGUGACGGCCUUGCGUCGCCAUCGCCUCUCCGGGAUGAACAUCACCCUGGCGGACUACGAUUGUCGCACCGCCCUGCAUCUGGCCGCCUCCGAGGGCCACCGCUGACAGCUGAAAAGAGCAGAUUCACAAUGAACAGGCCCUUGGUCUCGUAGCGGUGCUUUCGCGGAUCCUUCUUGUUGGAGAGAUGGUUGAGGUUGUUGUUGCGAUGGAAGUUGAUCAUGGAGACCAGCUCCUCGCAGACCUGCAGUUCCCGCUGCGAGUUGCCCAGGUGGUCCACUUUCCUAACACUAAUGUAUAUC